CCUCCAUAUGUGGUGAGUGAGGCCCUAAAAAGACAAGACAAAAAACAAACUCAUCAGUUUCUCUGAGUGCUCAUGGAUGUGCUGGUACCAUGGUUUAUGACAGAUAACACUGAUUGAUAUCAGGAUUAUUUUCCCCUUAAUAUGCUGAGCCAGGGGCUUGUGGCUCUGUGAGGUGAGCAUUCUUGGAUUAUGUGCAUUGAUGUACCUGUAAAGGCCCCUCAUAGCUCCUUUUCAGGGAUUUUAUCAACCAAAGAGUGAACUUUCAGGGCAUCCAAGUUGCCACACAGGGUUUCAUCUUCUAAGGAGUUAUCACCUGUAUUCUUCAUUGACAACUAAAGGAAAAGGUAAGUAUUUACUUUGUUAUAAUUUGCUGACUUUUAUUCUACUGCCUAAUUGGUACUUACUUCUCAUAUAUGUCUAAUUUGUAAACUGUGCAUAAUCAUUUUGAUUUAUUUUUGUCAGGGGGAGGAAUCUGGGCUGAAUCAUUAUAUUUCCAUGAAAUGUCACUAAUAUUUUCAAAUCCAUGAACCUAGAUAGGAAGUGCAAAAACCCAGAAUGGAGCCUGUGGUUUUCUCAUUAAAUGGCAUUGUGUAUUGCAAAUAUUGUUUAGAGUCUCAUUUUGUUUAAUAUGGGCGUGUGAUUUCUGGACACAGAGAGUUGUUUAAAAAGAUAGGAAGUAUGCUCUGUGAGUCCCUUUGCUUAAAAUGACAAGAUUAAUAUUAAUGUGGCACUACACACAGGUGCACAGCUGUGGGAUCUUAGGACUCUGUAUUCCAUUCCUGUAAACUAGCCAGUUCCACAACCUGUGCUUAAUCAGACUGACCACUGACAAAUCAAAUUAUGAUUUUCAUAACUGGAACCACAACACCAGUUUUUCCACAGCAUUUCUCACCCUCUCUUCAUCCUUUUUAUUCCCUUCUCACCUUUUCCUCCUGGGAGGAUGCAGAAUUAGUCAAAUAGGAAGGAGGAUGUUUAAUUUCAGAAAGAAAUGAAAAUAAAUCUGUUGCCAUUGCAGCAGUUAAGCACCCAGACAGCCCUUUCCAACUAAGAGUGAGUUUAGGUCUCCUUCCCUUUCUUAAGGAGUAAGGUCAUUGUUUCAGCUUUUGUAAGUUUACAAUGCCCCCAACGGCCUUCUCUCAUCUGAUCAAGGACAUUUCUGAAUACAAGGACAGCUUAGUCUGAUAAAAUAACUGACAGAAAACUGAUGAGAGACUGCUGGCUUUCCCUCUAAUGAGCAGAAGUCAGAUAUGUUAGCCAAGGCGAUGUGGAGGUGUCAAAGAAUAUACAACCAUCAGUUUACAUAUCAUCCAUUCUCACUGGUUUACUGCUGUACCAUCUUCUAGGAGUGAAAGGGUAAACUGAAUACCCAUUCGUCUCUUGGAGAAAAAAAUGAGUUGAUUUAAGAAGUAUCAACCCUCUUGCUCUUUCAAAGAUCCUUCUCACCCUGUCCCUAGAGCACAGGUCCUGAAGGCUCUUAAUUGCGAUUAAAACAGCAAGAAUCACCUGGGGAGAUUUUUCACUAUCCUGAUUCCCAGGCCACAGCUCGGCCAAUUAAAUUAGACCCUGAGGAAUACUAGCAUUAAAAAAAAUUUUUUUUAGGUAACUCCAAUGUGCAGUCAAGUUUGGGAAGCCGUGAGCUAGUCUGAGAAAAAGUGAGAAGAAAUUAGCGUGGCGUCUGACAAGGAGAUGAAGCGCUACUCUCCCCAAGGAUACUUGAGCGACAGUUGUUGCUGCAAAGAGGAGAAAGGGAAGAAAGAAAAGGAAGGAGGACAAAGUUGUACGCUUCUAGUCUUUGUCCAAGUCAACUAGUCUCCACCCACCCAGAAUGGGUAACGCAGGCUUGCACUUGCAGCCUGGUGUGGGGUGAGUUUGUUCUACAGGCUGGGGGACUAGGCGGAGUGGGUGACUGAAAGCAGCUACCCAGAGGCGGAUCAAUAGCCCAAGGCGUGGGACGUAACUCCCCGCCCGGGAAGGCGGUGGCUGUGGAGUGGAAAGUAAUUUGGGGGCGCGAAAGGAAGCUGGCUUGGGCGCAGGUGGCGCUCGCAGCCCCAGCCCACGUUUGGCCAGUCGCGGGCGCAAGCGCAGCCUGGUGGCAGCGGCGGCGGUAACCGAGCGCAGGGCUGUAGCGGGAGCUGGCGGAGGCAAAGGCGGCGCCAACAGUGAGCUACGCGCAGGCAGGAGUGAGACCGGAGGCGAGAGGAGCGAGCAAGGGCUGGAGCGAGGGCGAACUUAAUAUGGGGAAGAAGUGGAGGGAUGCGGCCGAAAUGGAGCGGGGCUGCUCGGACCGCGAGGACAGCGCAGAGAGCCGCAGGCGCAGCCGGAGCGCCAGCCGGGGCAGGUUUGCCGAGUCGUGGAAAAGGUUAAGUUCCAAGCAGGGAUCCACCAAGCGCUCGGGACUCCCAUCUCAGCAGACGCCGGCUCAGAAGUCCUGGAUAGAAAGAGCGUUUUAUAAAAGAGAAUGUGUUCACAUCAUACCCAGCACCAAAGACCCCCAUAGGUGUUGCUGUGGGCGUCUAAUAGGCCAGCAUGUUGGCCUCACUCCCAGUAUCUCGGUUCUUCAGAAUGAUAAAAAUGAAAGUCGCCUCUCCCGAAAUGACAUCCAGUCCGAGAAGUGGUCCAUCAGCAAGCACACUCAACUCAGCCCCACCGAUGCCUUUGGGACCAUUGAGUUCCAAGGAGGCGGCCAUUCCAACAAAGCCAUGUAUGUACGAGUAUCUUUCGAUACAAAGCCUGAUCUCCUCCUACACCUGAUGACCAAGGAAUGGCAGUUGGAACUUCCUAAGCUGCUCAUCUCAGUCCAUGGAGGCCUGCAGAAUUUUGAACUCCAGCCGAAACUCAAGCAAGUCUUUGGGAAAGGUCUCAUCAAAGCAGCCAUGACAACCGGGGCGUGGAUAUUUACUGGAGGGGUUAACACAGGUGUUAUUCGUCACGUUGGAGAUGCUUUGAAGGACCAUGCAUCUAAGUCUCGAGGCAAGAUAUGUACCAUAGGUAUUGCCCCUUGGGGAAUUGUGGAAAACCAGGAGGACCUAAUUGGAAGAGAUGUUGUCCGGCCAUAUCAGACCAUGUCCAAUCCUAUGAGCAAGCUCACUGUUCUCAACAGCAUGCAUUCCCACUUCAUUCUGGCUGACAAUGGGACCACUGGAAAAUAUGGAGCAGAGGUGAAACUCAGGAGACAGCUGGAAAAGCAUAUUUCACUCCAGAAGAUAAAUACAAGAAUCGGUCAAGGCGUUCCAGUGGUGGCUCUCAUUGUGGAAGGAGGACCCAACGUGAUCUCUAUUGUCUUGGAGUACCUUCGAGACACCCCUCCCGUGCCAGUUGUUGUCUGUGACGGGAGUGGACGGGCAUCCGACAUCCUGGCUUUUGGGCACAAAUAUUCAGAAGAAGGAGGACUUAUAAAUGAAUCUUUGAGGGACCAGCUGUUGGUGACCAUCCAGAACUUUACAUACACUCGAACCCAAGCUCAGCAUCUAUUCAUCAUCCUUAUGGAAUGCAUGAAGAAGAAGGAGUUGAUUACAGUAUUUCGGAUGGGAUCAGAAGGACACCAGGACAUUGAUUUAGCCAUCCUGACAGCUUUGCUCAAAGGAGCCAAUGCCUCAGCCCCAGACCAGCUGAGCUUAGCUUUAGCCUGGAACAGAGUCGACAUCGCUCGCAGCCAGAUCUUUAUUUAUGGGCAACAGUGGCCGGUGGGGUCUCUGGAGCAAGCCAUGUUGGAUGCCCUAGUUCUGGACAGAGUGGAUUUUGUGAAAUUACUCAUAGAGAAUGGAGUAAGCAUGCACCGUUUUCUCACCAUCUCCAGACUAGAGGAAUUGUACAAUACGAGACAUGGGCCCUCAAACACAUUGUACCACUUGGUCAGGGAUGUCAAAAAGCGAGAAUAUCCAGGUUUCGGUUGGAUCUAUUUUAAGGGGAACCUGCCCCCAGACUACAGAAUCAGCCUGAUUGACAUCGGCCUGGUGAUCGAAUACCUGAUGGGAGGGGCUUAUCGCUGCAACUACACCCGCAAGCGCUUCCGGACACUCUACCACAAUCUCUUUGGCCCCAAAAGGCCCAAAGCCUUGAAACUGCUGGGAAUGGAGGAUGAUGUUCCCUUGAGGCGAGGAAGAAAGACAACCAAAAAGCGUGAAGAAGAGGUGGACAUUGACCUGGAUGACCCUGAGAUCAACCACUUCCCUUUCCCUUUCCACGAGCUGAUGGUGUGGGCCGUCCUGAUGAAACGGCAGAAGAUGGCCCUGUUCUUCUGGCAGCACGGGGAGGAGGCCAUGGCCAAGGCCCUGGUGGCCUGUAAGCUCUGCAAAGCCAUGGCUCACGAGGCUUCCGAGAACGACAUGGUCGAUGACAUCUCCCAAGAGCUGAACCACAACUCCAGGGACUUUGGCCAGCUGGCUGUGGAGCUCCUGGACCAGUCCUACAAGCAGGAUGAACAGCUGGCCAUGAAACUGCUGACGUAUGAGCUCAAGAACUGGAGCAAUGCCACAUGCCUGCAGCUUGCGGUGGCUGCCAAGCACCGUGACUUCAUCGCACACACGUGCAGCCAGAUGUUGCUCACAGACAUGUGGAUGGGUCGGCUCCGGAUGCGCAAGAACUCAGGCCUCAAGGUAAUUCUGGGAAUUCUACUUCCUCCUUCAAUUCUCAGCUUGGAGUUCAAGAACAAAGACGACAUGCCCUAUAUGACUCAGGCCCAGGAAAUCCACCUCCAAGAGAAGGAGCAGGAAGAACCAGAGAAGCCCACAAAGGAAAAAGAUGAAGAGGACAUGGAACUGACAGCAAUGUUGGGACGAAACAAUGGGGAGUCCUCCAGGAAGAAGGAUGAAGAGGAAGUUCAAAGCAGACACCGUUUAAUCCCCCUGGGAAGAAAAAUCUACGAAUUCUACAAUGCACCCAUUGUGAAAUUCUGGUUCUACACCCUGGCGUACAUCGGAUACUUGAUGCUCUUCAACUAUAUCGUGUUGGUGAAGAUGGAGCGCUGGCCUUCCACCCAGGAAUGGAUCGUCAUUUCCUAUAUUUUCACCCUGGGAAUAGAAAAGAUGAGAGAGAUCCUGAUGUCAGAGCCAGGGAAGUUGCUACAAAAAGUGAAGGUGUGGCUCCAAGAGUACUGGAAUGUCACAGAUCUCAUAGCCAUCCUUCUGUUCUCUGUUGGAAUGAUCCUUCGUCUCCAAGACCAGCCCUUCAGGAGCGAUGGGAGGGUCAUCUAUUGUGUGAACAUCAUUUAUUGGUACAUCCGUCUGUUAGACAUCUUCGGCGUGAACAAGUAUUUGGGCCCAUAUGUAAUGAUGAUUGGAAAAAUGAUGAUAGACAUGAUGUACUUUGUCAUCAUCAUGCUGGUGGUGCUGAUGAGUUUUGGGGUCGCCAGGCAAGCCAUUCUCUUUCCCAAUGAGGAGCCAUCGUGGAAAUUGGCCAAGAACAUCUUCUACAUGCCCUAUUGGAUGAUUUAUGGGGAAGUGUUUGCGGACCAGAUAGACCCUCCCUGUGGACAGAAUGAGACUCGAGAGGAUGGUAAGAUAAUCCAACUGCCUCCCUGCAAGACAGGCGCCUGGAUCGUGCCAGCCAUCAUGGCCUGCUACCUUCUCGUGGCAAACAUCCUGCUGGUCAACCUCCUCAUCGCUGUCUUUAACAAUACAUUCUUUGAGGUAAAAUCAAUAUCCAACCAAGUGUGGAAGUUUCAGAGGUAUCAGCUCAUCAUGACUUUCCAUGAAAGGCCUGUUCUGCCCCCACCUCUGAUCAUAUUCAGCCACAUGACCAUGAUAUUCCAGCACCUGUGCUGUCGAUGGAGGAAACACGAGAGUGACCCAGAUGAAAGGGACUAUGGCCUAAAGCUCUUCAUAACUGAUGAUGAGCUCAAGAAAGUGCAUGACUUUGAAGAGCAGUGCAUAGAGGAAUAUUUCAGAGAAAAGGAUGAUCGAUUCAACUCAUCCAAUGAUGAGAGGAUACGGGUGACUUCAGAAAGGGUGGAGAACAUGUCCAUGCGGCUAGAAGAAGUCAACGAGAGGGAGCACUGCAUGAAGGCUUCACUCCAGACUGUGGACAUCCGGCUAGCACAGCUUGAGGACCUCAUCGGGCGCAUGGCCACAGCCCUGGAGCGCCUGACGGGUCUGGAGCGGGCCGAGUCCAACAAAAUCCGCUCUCGGACCUCCUCAGACUGCACGGACGCAGCCUACAUCGUCCGGCAGAGCAGCUUCAACAGCCAGGAGGGGAACACCUUCAAGCUCCAAGAGAGUAUAGACCCUGCAGGUGAGGAGACCUUGUCCCCAACUUCUCCAACCCUAAUGCCCCGAAUGCGAAGCCAUUCUUUCUAUUCAGUCAAUAUGAAAGACAAAGGUGGGAUAGAAAAGUUGGAGAGUCUUUUUAAAGAAAGGUCCCUGAGCCUACACCGGGCUACUAGUUCCCACUCUGUAGCAAAAGAAUCCAAAGCUCCUGCAGCCCCUGCCAACACCUUGGCCAUUGUUCCUGAUUCCAGAAGACCAUCUUCGUGUAUAGAUAUCUAUGUCUCUGCCAUGGAUGAGCUCCACUGUGAUAUAGACCCUCUGGACAAUUCCAUGAACAUCCUUGGGCUGGGGGAGCCAAGCUUUUCAGCUCCAGUACCUUCCACAGCUCCUUCAAGUAGUGCCUAUGCAACUCUUGUGCCCACAGACAGACCUCCAAGCCGGAGCAUUGAUUGCGAGGACAUCACCACCAUGGACACUAGAUCUUUUUCUUCAGACUACACCCACCUCCCAGAAUGUCAGAACCCCUGGGACACUGACCCUCCAAUGUACCACACCAUCGAGCGUUCCAAAAGUAGCCGCUACCUAGCCACCACACCCUUUCUUCUAGAAGAGGCCCCCAUCGUGAAGUCUCAUAGCUUUAUGUUUUCUCCUUCGAGGAGCUAUUAUACCAACUUUGGGGUGCCCAUGAAAACAGCAGAAUACACAAGUAUUACAGACUGUAUUGACACAAGGUGUGUCACUGCCCCUCAAGUGACAGCUGACAGAGCCACCUUCCCUGGGGGUCUUGGAGGGAAAGUGGAGGACUCAUCAUGCUGCCAUCCUGAGCGAGAAGCAGAACUGAGUCACCCCAGCUCUGACAGUGAGGAGAAUGAAGCCAAGGGCCGGAGAGCCACCAUCGCAAUACCCUCCCAGGAGGGUGAUAAUUCAGACAGAACCCUGUCCAACAAUAUCACAGUUCCCAAGAUAGAGCGCGCCAACAGCUACUCAGCAGAGGAGCCAAGUGCGCCAUAUGCACACACCAGGAAGAGCUUCUCCAUCAGUGACAAACUCGACAGGCAGCGGAACACAGCAAGCCUGAGAAAUCCCUUCCAGAGGAGUAGGUCCUCCAAGCCAGAGGGCCGAGGGGACAGUCUGUCCAUGAGGAGACUCUCCAGAACGUCCGCUUUCCGAAGCUUUGAGAGCAAGCACAACUAAACCUUCUAAUAAGCUUGGCAGGAGGCUCAAGAAUCCAGCCCUAAAAUUCUCCCCCAAAUUCACCUGUUCCCUUUCCUUGAAACUUACCCACUUUAUUCUUAGCUGAGCAAAACAAGUAAUGCCUUGGGAAGUGUUAAAGGUGACUUCUGGGGCACAGAUCAAGAAAACAUGUAAUCUGGUGCAAUGCCAAACGCUGGGGAUUUCAGUCAUGUUCACACUCAAUGGGGCAGGGAGGGGAAAGAGGGAAAAGAAGGGUUGAGAGGAAUGUGUGUCACUAGUCACUUCAGAAAGCCAUGAGCUCUGGGAAUGAAUGGGGCAUCAAGUACUCUCCGUGCCAGGAGGCAUCUUUCCAUUUCUGACCAUUUUCAAGAGUUUUAGGAUGCAGGGAUAAAUUGCAAAAUAAAAUAAAGUAGCCAGCAUACAAAUGAGAUAUUCUAAACUUCAAUUCUGUUUUCUUUUCACAUUGGCUCCAUCACUGGUGACUGAUGAAGAGCAUCCUUUUUAUUCAGUAUAAGCCGGCAGCAAGCAGUUCUACCUAACGUCCCACAUCCUUCUCAUGCCAACACUUCUGUAAUUGAUCAUUAUAAAGAAAAAACAAGGUAACAGUCAUAGUUCACCUGUCUCUUAUAUAUUCAUUUCUGGUGCCACAACUUUGAUCUUUUUUGGAGAAAAUAAAGGGAAAAGAUAUGCCUUUUUGUAUUGCAAUCAAAAUGAAAGAAGAGUUAUGUUAAAAGCGAAUGUCAGGUGGUUUAUUAUAUACAGUGGGCAUUCAAGUAUAGUUGAGCAAGCUCAGGAUGAAUGUACCUAAAUAAUUUUAUAUUUUUUAAUUUAUUUUGUAUCUCACUUGUCAUCAAUGAAGCCACUCACUGAAUAUGUAAUAGUGAACUUAAAAAGAGAAAUAGUAGGCAGAACUCACCUAAAACUGCCGUAUGGGAUACUGUUACAUUCUCACCAUCCAUGUCAUGUGUGAUGCUGCUGUGUGACCUUCAUCAUUCGUAUGAGUCCACCAUGUCUUCUGAACAUCUCCAGGAUGUAACUGCCAAUUUUCCACACCACUCUUCACAUGGCCAUUUUGUAUUUGAAUUAUCCGGUUACAUGUGGAUAUUUUCAUACCUAGAGUUUUGCCAUUUGAUCUGAGCUCAGCAUAAUUUAAUUGGAGUUUUUCAAGGGCUGGUAUCUUUUUUAUGGAAAUGUUCCAAAGCACUUUUUAAGGAUGUUUCAAAACCAUAAAUAACCUUAGAAUUGACUGGGAGUUUGGUAUCAACCCAAAGCCAUCAGUUGCAGGCAUACCAUGAAUAUUUUUCUUAUAUACAGAGCUAUUAAAAAGAUACAGUAGACUAAAAUAGAAAGCAAAUAAAUAUACAGAGUUCUAUAGUAUAUGCUGCCUAUAUACAUAUGUAUGCAUUUACACAGAGAGACAUGUUAAUAUAUAGUAUAUAAACAGACACAUUGAGCUUUCUUAAAAGGCUUGGACUUUUCUAUCACCUUGAGAUAUAACCAGGAUUUUUUAAUAUCCAAGGAGUUCCAUUGAAAGAGUCCAUUAUAUUAAAUUUUGACAGAUGUUGAAAUUCUGAUUUUUAAAAAUCUCUCUGACCUUAGCUUUUCCUUGUACCAAACUAGAGUUGCCAACAUGACUCACUGCCUUCCUUCUGCCUCUUUUUUUCUGGAAGCACUUGCUAUCAUGCCAUCUCAUUUAGUCUGGUUUCUCCUGCACAAAGCAAUUAUGCCAAGUACAAUUAGAAUCAACAUGCAGUUCUAAACCAGAUAGUAUGAUGGACUCUAGAAUAUAGGCAUAAAUCUUUAGAUCAGAAUCUGGAUUUAAGGUGGGAUAAAAAAUCAUGACCCUCGUAUCUUCAGAUUCCUAUUUGGAUCACUGAUUUAAAAGAGAAUAAAAGUCUUUAAGGGAAAAGAUUUAGUGUCCCUGGGCCCAAAUACAACCUGGUUCUUUUGUUUAGCUGUAGUUGUGAACUCAGCUAAACAAACUCUCCUUAUGUGAAAUCAAAUAAACGGACAGAAUCUCUAGGCUUUAAAUGUUUAAAAUGAGAAACAAAAACCUUCUGAACAAGUUUUCAGGUGUAGAGAUAACUAUGGCCACAUAUAAAUAAUUCAAGAAUUCCUCUCAGACUCCUUGGAUUUAAGUGAAUAAGAAACAAGCCACCAGAGUUUCUCAUAUAUAAUUUCUCUAGAAACUGCAGUUAUAUUUUUACUGGACCCCAUUUGACUAUUUCUCCCUCAGCAAACAUGCAUUUGGUGAAAACAAAUCAGUUGCCCUUAAACUUCCUUGAGUCAUGAAUCUCUAUGGGGAUCUAAUGAAAACUCUGGGACCUCUCCCCAGGGGAAAUAAAAGUCUGUGCAUGCAGAGUUGCAGUAAAGGGUUCACGCACCCCUGGUUCCAUAUUGAUUGAUAAUUAGAAAAAAGGAACCCUGUCUGUUUAAAAUCAAUGCAGAUGUAACAGGCACUUUACAUUUUGAGACCAUUUCUCUGUGACUCUCAGAAAGGCCAAGUCUCAGCACCAGAGUCUGAACCAAGAUUUUGUUAUUUUGUUCUUCAGAUUAGCCUUUGCUAGUUUGCAUCCUAACACUUUGAUGAUUUUAAGUAUGGAGCACACUUACCAAGCCAGAAGUCUCUCUAAAUCUGUAGAGGAAUCUAAAAAGGAGGUGAGAUCUUUAUUCUUUGACCAUAGAGCAGAAUAACAGAGCACCUCCAGGGCCUCAUUCUGGACCAGAUUGAAAGUUGGAGAAUGAAAUUAUAAGCAUACGUAUUUCCAUUAUUAUGACUUCUAGAGAACAGAACAGCAUCUGGGAAACAAAGUAUUUGGCAAUCCUGACCUUGUGACUACCUGGUCCUCUUACUGUGCAUGAAGAUGAAGUUCUUACAUCUUUUGUGAAAUAUGAGAAAUAUAUAAGCCAAAUUUAAGUGACUUUAAACACAAACUGUGUAAUGAGCCAUUUCUUUCUUGUGCACUUCCAUGUGUGUUAUGUUUUGAUCCAUCUCUUUCCAUUUCUGGAAGUUCUGCUCACCAGUGUUGGCAUUGAUUCUGUGGCCUUGUACAGUCAGCUUGUGUCCAGCUCAUUUAUUUCACCAUGUCCCUGAUCGAGGGAACAUGAAUUACCUGUCUCUGUGAGUUAAGCAGCUCAUGAGCAGCAAGUUAUUGGAGAACGUAAAUAAAGUCAUAGAGCUCUCAAGGAAGUAAUAGCUUUGGUUUAAUCAUCUGCUUCUAAGGUGCCAAUUUUUAUAUACUACUAUAUGUAAUGAUUUGUUCUAAAUUGCUCAGUCCUUCUGGGGGAAAAGUGUAAGGAUGUUUAGUGAAAAUGACCAUGUAAAUUCUUGAUUGACCAACAUAUUUUAUAUUUAUACUAGAAACUCCCUCUUUGAUGGAUUUGAAUGAAGCUGGAAAGCUUGAGCAUAAUUCAUGACUAGUUUGUAUAUUUCUCCAAGCCCCAAAGUUUAUUAGGGGUAUGAAUGCAGCACUUUAUAGAACUGGAUUUGUUUUUUUUUUAAGUUUAAGCUUCCAGGUCUAGGAUAUUAUUUAGCACUUUGAAAGUUCUCCCUUUAAAAAAUAUAUAUCAGAAUAAUCGAAUGAGAAAAAUGUACUUGUAAGAACACAAAAUGUGUUUCUUCUGAAUGUUUCAAAUGUAUUCUAAACGAUGGUUUCUAUAGAUAAUAUUAUGGUAGAUAACUGGAUAGGACAUUUGUUCUACUUUCGGAGGCUGUACAGCCUAAUCUUUCUGAGGGUUUGGGCUGUUUAACUUCUAUAAUGAUAAUAAAUAUUAUCCAGUCAUCCAUCAUGCUAUAUCUAUAGUCUCUACCAUUCAUUCAUUGUGUUGGGCAAUGCUGUAUUAUAAAACACAUGUAAACAUAUAUGUAACCUGUGUUUAACUCAGCAUAGUUGUAGCAUGUGGUUGUAUUAAUGAACGUUACAGGAAAGCUUUAUAAAUCAUUUACAAAUCUGUAACAUUCAAUAAAGAAGCACAUGUUGCAAGGAUUAAUUAUGUUCCCAAUUCCACGUUAUUUAGCAUCCUCGUGAAACAGGCACUUUUGUUCCUGAUCUGCUUUAUGUUUUUCACAUUCCCGUAGACCGCUGUAAACUAUUUGUAUAAGCAGAUGUGCAUCCUCUAACAGCCCUGCGAGCUGUGGUAGGCAAGUUGUGAUUUUUGUGAAAGACGAACUGGCAUGUGAUGCAAAAGACUAUCUGACAAAUGAACUGAAAAUAAUAUUUUAAGCUCCAGUUGAAUUAGCUGUUUGUUUACAUCUGCUACCAAAUGUGGAAGCAGUGUACAGUAUUUUAUAAAUAUGUUCAUGUAGUAACACUAAUAUGUUUGUUUCUAGAUAAAGUGAUGCUAGUGUGUAGGUGGUUAUAUACUUGUUCUAGAUAUUGCAUUAUAACUCACUAUUCUUUAUCAGUAGCAAUGUGACUUAAAUGAAGUAAUCCCUCUUCAAACCCAGUUUUAAUUUCGUGGCAACAAAAUGCAUGCACUGCUUUAUGCAUUUCUUUUGACUUUUUAGAGGCACUUAACAUUUUACUAUUGCCUGUUGUGACACUUAAACCAGUGAGAAACUCAAAUUGUUGGGCUUCUUACACUGUUUGGGAAUUAUGUCCAAUUUUUAAAAAUUAAAAACAAAAAAGGAACCAAGGGUUUUUUAUUAUUUUUUAAGCUUUGAAGAAAUAAUAUGGAAUAAAGUAUUAACCACAGGGUGUAUAAUUAUGUGACCUAGAGACAGCUAAGCAACACCACUUGGGUUUACCAAGGACUAGGUGUUAGUGCAUCUGUGAUAUAUGAAAGACGCGUUUCUGAUUCUUUAGGGCCAUUGGGUACUAAAUUGCUAAACCAGAACCAAGGGUGAGAAAUCCGAUUGUGACAAUGUAGAAAUCCACAGAUCAGUGUGAAUGAAUCCAGUGAUACAACACGUGACCACCCUUCUAUCUGGUGGCUUUUCUCACUUGUGUGUGAGCCUGGCCUGGGAGAGGGCAAGAGAUGGGUGACUGACUGAGUGUGUGAUGAGCACUGGGUGACUCUGAAGAGUUUGCCCUUUAAAGAAAUCACUGUUUCAUUGUAAGAAGCGAUGCAACAUCAAGAAAAGAGAGGAGCCAGUUUGCAUAGUUUUAUAAAUGACUGCUCUUCAACAAGUAGAGAGAACUUUUCUCUCAGCCUGCACUGGCCUGAGCUUUCUCUUCUUUUUACAUGUCAAACAUUCCCUUUCUCAAAUUGGAGUCAACCAAAGCAGGGGUUGGUUCUGAUUUAAGGAAAACAAAAUUUGUUUUUUUUUAAUUCAUUCAAGAAAGUUGUGUUACCUUUUCUCUAAUGAAUUCCUUGUAGUGAUCACUACUCAUGAAAUCAAGACACGACAGUUUCUACAUGUCAUCUAAGAGAGCAUUUGGGUGGCUAAAUAAUCCAGAUGGCAGUGAGAGUGAGGUGAAUUUUGCCUGUCAUAACUUACCUAGUCUAACAGCCCCAUUAAACUUUGAGGCCAUUGCCUAUUUACACAAUGUUUGUGUGCUGGGAAGUGAAAAGGACAUGCAUGGCCAGAAGGCCAUAGGCUUUCUGAAGAGCAUUAAUGCCCACCUUGACCCAGGCCUUCCUCUGGAGCAGGCAGGCUGCUGAGAGCUAUGGAAUGCAAAGGACAAUUCAGCCUUGUGCCUGGAUGUGCAGCCUUCUCCACCCUCUCAACUUUCUUCCUUUCUUUUAGCCCCACACAAGACUUUUUUUUUUUUUUUUUUUUUUUUUUGCCAGACCAAUUGACUCAUGCUCACAUCACCUCAAUCCCCUAUGGGCUCUGGCACAGUAAGCCAAGACAGUGGCUACAGACAUUCAGACUGUCCAUCCCUCAUUUUCCCCACUAAUUUAGCUUUGUCCUCUCAACUCUGCCCCAUGCUCCUAACUUGCCUGGUGCUGGCAUCAGUUUCAUCAUUCUUUGCCUGUCUGAAUCCCAAAAGAAAAGAGUCCCUCAUAUCUUCACCCCAACUCCCCACGUAUCACCACUGGCCAUCUGCAUCUAGAUCAUGGGGUUGCAUACUCAAAUAGGUGGAGGACCUGGAUCCAGAAACAAAUGUGUCUACUGGACUGGUAAAAGACCACAGGAGGAAGUAGGGUUUGUAGGACAGGAGAGAACACAUGUCCUACUACAAAGACAUUCACAUUCAGAUUUGCAAACAUUGUGAUAGCCAAGCAAAUGUGUCUGCCAGCAGCUUUCAGUCCCAAAGCAAUAGUUUGGGACCUCUGAAUCAGAGCCUACCAGGAUCAUAUUCUUGAUUCCAACUUAGGGAGUGUAUACACAAAAUACACUGAAAAUUGAGGUGGGAGGGAAAGGAACUCACCCUAUUCAGGGUUAUUUCUCUUCUCCCAAAUGAUAUGUGUGUGUAUGUUUGCUAGCUGCAUCAUUCUGGACCCACAUGUAGGGUCUUUCUGAGGGAGAUUCAGAAGAAGAGUAACAUAGCAUAGUAUCAAGGCUUAUCUGCUUCCUGUCACUACAGUGUCUGACCUGAGUUUAUAUUGCUGCUCUUGCUGUGCAAAACAGUACAUGCAGUAUACUGUACUCAUAGCCAUUUCAUUAUACAUAUCUUAGAUUCUCAUUUGUACACAUUCUAACCAUAGUUUAUAAUGGGGAAGAUUAUUCAAAUAUCAUUUUUGAACAAAUUCCUAUAAAUAAAACAAUUUUGCAAUUGGGUUUCUUAAAGGUAUACACAUCUUUUCCUUCUUUGUGUAUAGAUAGACAGCGGUUUACAUAUCUAUCAGCAUUAUAAAUAUAUAUAAAUCCUUAGAGGAAUUGUUCUUUUUUAAAGGUCUGUUAUUGGAUUCACAAUGCACUUUGAGCUUGUUCGUUUAGAUAUAUAAUUCGAAGCAGAAGUUGGCAGAUACCACGGGAAAAACUUUCUGAAAUUUCUGUAACAAAUGUUUUGCAAUAAAAAAGAAAAAACCUCAGUAGUUCAAAACAUGA